UAAAAUCCUUAAAAAAUAAAAUAAUUUGUCCAAACAGAAUAUCUGAAUAUUGGUUCCUUCCUAUCUCUUUACUCCAUCAACCUGUCAUUUGGGACCUCAGUGCUCCAAACCUUAAAGUCAUGAAUUACUGAAUGGGUAGUUGGGGUUUAGUGCCUCUCAUGUGUUGUGCUUUCUGACACACUUGCCUUAAUACUUUGAUUUGAAAUGGAAUAACUAUAAAGUCUCUUUAUUAAAUGAUAAUGAGCAAUCACUAAAGAUUAGGCUUUGUGUUAGUGUAGUACAGAACCAGCCAAGGUAGGGCUCUAACCUGUUAGGAGACUGCUUUAACUCUUCUAAGUCAGCAUUACAUAUCCUGAGAGCCAGCAUUUUCCUAUGGGUCUCCUAAAGACUAAUCCUGCUUUGAUUUUUAUCACAUUUUCUCCUGUGCAAAUGACCUGAUUCUCUUAAACAAAGCUAAAAAAUAUUAAUGCUAUAAUUUUCCUUUAAAUAAGAAUUCAGGAUCACAGCUUCCUGUUAGUAAGGUUCUUUCUACAUGCAGAGUGCCAGAAGCUCAAACUAAUAACAAAUGUAAAUACCUUGGAGAAGUGAGAGGGUAUAAAUUAAAGAUGUGCUUAAAAAUCCUAAUUGCAGGAUCUGUCAAGCUGUGUACUUAGCCACAGAGUUGAUGUUAAUGGAAUGUUGAUGACAUUGAUGAUCACCAAAAUGACUCAAUUGUGUGUUUCUAGAGCUCUUUGCAGAGCUGAACAUUUGUUUUGCCUUUGUGUCUUGCCAUUCCUCUGAAGAAAAGAAGGUACAUUGUAAAACCAGACACUUCCCCUUGCAUUCUAUGAGAUUACAGCAAAAUGGAUAUGCCAAAUCCCCCAACUUCCAAAUGCAUCACUUACUGGAAAAGAAAAGUCAAAUCUGAAUACAUGCGACUCCGGCAACUGAAACGGCUUCAAGCAAAUAUGGGUGCCAAGGCUCUCUAUGUAGCAAAUUUUGCAAAGGUUCAAGAAAAAACCCAGAUCCUCAAUGAAGAAUGGAAGAAGCUUCGUGUCCAACCUGUGCAGUUGAUGAAGCCCGUGAGUGGGCACCCUUUUCUCAAAAAGUGUACCAUAGAGAGCAUUUUCCCAGGAUUUGCAAGUCAACAUAUGUUAAUGAGGUCUCUGAACACAGUUGCUUUGGUUCCCAUCAUGUAUUCCUGGUCCCCUCUCCAGCAGAACUUUAUGGUAGAAGACGAGACAGUUUUGUGCAAUAUUCCCUACAUGGGAGAUGAGGUGAAAGAAGAAGAUGAGACUUUCAUUGAGGAGCUGAUCAAUAACUAUGAUGGGAAAGUCCAUGGCGAAGAAGAGAUGAUCCCUGGAUCUGUCCUGAUUAGUGACGCAGUUUUCCUGGAGUUGGUAGAUGCUCUGAAUCAAUACUCAGAUGAGGAGGAGGAAGGGCACAAUGACACCUCGGAUGGAAAGCAAGAUGACAGUAAAGAAGAUCUGCCAGUAACAAGAAAGAGAAAAAGACACACUCUUGAAGGCAACAAAAAGAGUUCCAAGAAACAGUUCCCAAAUGACAUGAUCUUCAGUGCAAUUGCCUCGAUGUUCCCUGAGAAUGGUGUUCCAGAUGACAUGAAGGAGAGGUAUCGAGAGCUAACAGAGAUGUCAGAUCCCAAUGCACUUCCCCCUCAGUGCACACCCAACAUCGACGGCCCCAAUGCCAAGUCCGUGCAGCGGGAGCAGUCUCUGCACUCCUUCCACACACUGUUUUGUCGACGCUGCUUCAAAUACGACUGCUUCCUUCACCCUUUUCACGCCACCCCUAAUGUAUAUAAACGCAAGAACAAAGAGAUCAAGAUUGAACCAGAACCAUGUGGCACAGACUGCUUCCUUUUGCUGGAAGGAGCGAAGGAGUACGCCAUGCUUCACAACCCUCGCUCCAAGUGCUCUGGUCGUCGCCGGCGAAGGCACCACAUGGUCGGUGCUUCCUGCUCCAACACUUCAGCCUCUGCUGUGGCUGAGACUAAAGAAGGGGACAGUGACAGGGAUACAGGCAAUGACUGGGCCUCCAGUUCUUCAGAGGCCAACUCUCGCUGUCAGACCCCCACGAAGCAGAAGGCUAGUCCGGCCCCACCUCAGCUCUGUGUAGUGGAGGCACCCCUGGAGCCUGUGGAAUGGACUGGGGCUGAGGAAUCCCUUUUUCGAGUCUUUCAUGGCACCUACUUCAACAACUUCUGUUCAAUAGCCAGACUUCUAGGCACAAAGACGUGCAAGCAGGUCUUUCAGUUUGCAGUCAAAGAAUCACUUAUCCUGAAGCUGCCAACAGAUGAGCUCAUGAACCCAUCGCAGAAGAAGAAAAGAAAGCACAGAUUGUGGGCUGCCCACUGCAGGAAAAUUCAGCUGAAGAAAGAUAACUCUUCCACACAAGUGUACAACUACCAGCCCUGCGACCAUCCAGACCGCCCCUGUGACAGCACCUGCCCUUGCAUCAUGACGCAGAAUUUCUGUGAGAAGUUCUGCCAGUGCAACCCAGACUGUCAGAAUCGUUUUCCUGGCUGUCGCUGUAAGACCCAGUGCAACACCAAGCAGUGUCCCUGCUACCUGGCAGUGCGAGAGUGCGACCCCGACCUGUGCCUCACCUGCGGGGCCUCAGAGCACUGGGACUGCAAGGUGGUUUCCUGCAAAAACUGCAGCAUCCAGCGAGGCCUCAAGAAGCACCUGCUGCUGGCCCCCUCAGAUGUGGCCGGAUGGGGCACCUUCAUUAAGGAGUCUGUGCAAAAGAACGAAUUCAUUUCUGAAUACUGUGGCGAGCUUAUCUCUCAGGAUGAGGCUGAUCGGCGGGGGAAGGUCUAUGACAAAUACAUGUCCAGCUUCCUCUUCAACCUCAACAAUGAUUUCGUAGUAGAUGCUACCCGGAAAGGAAACAAAAUUCGAUUUGCGAACCAUUCGGUGAACCCCAACUGUUAUGCCAAAGUGGUCAUGGUGAAUGGGGAUCAUCGCAUUGGGAUCUUUGCUAAAAGGGCGAUUCAAGCUGGUGAAGAGCUCUUCUUUGAUUACAGGUACAGCCAAGCUGAUGCCCUCAAGUACGUGGGGAUCGAGAGGGAGACCGAUGUCCUUUAGCCCUCCUGGGCCCCACACCAGCGCUUAUGGUAGCGGCACUGUCUUUGCUUCAUGCACACACCACCGCUGCUCGAGUUUCCUGCGCUACGUGUCUCCCACACCGAGAAACCCCCCACCCACUCCCUCUGCAGCGAGGCCUCGGCUGUGUCCAGUGGGAACAAACUGUCUCAGUGAGAGGGGGGACAGAGGCAGCUAGGGCCCGGGCCCCCAGGAGAGAGAGUUGCAGAAGUGGGAAACCGCGUCUCAAGCCUCAGAGGAAGAGAGCAUGGGCUGGAAGUGGGUGACUCAGUGUGGUUUCUUGUCUGCUACGUAGGCUGUGGGCCUCAGCAGUCAAUCUGGGCAGUUCCUCACAAGCACUGGCCUGUGCUUCUAACUUUCCACGUCAAGGGUCCUUGUGUAAUUCGGUCGCCAGCUUCUCUCUCUGUGGUCGUAGGACCUAGAGAGGACUGGCUAAGUGGAGUUUGAUACCUGGAGCUUAUGAGUGGCCUGGGUCAAAGGUGAGCCUGGCGGGUGGCACAGAGUGACUUCAGAGGGGAGACGGGUCACCUUACUACCUCUUUCCUCCUGGCAGGGUUCAAAUUCGAAGAGCAUGGGUUCUGAGUAUAGAUAUUCAACACUGGGAGAAGGAGAACUAAGUGCUGUUUUUCCAUAGACAGAGAGCAAGAGCCAUCCUGAUGACUGUAGUUAAACGGCUAAGUCUGGGGCCCAAGAGGCUCUGAGAAGCCUUCUCCAUACUCUGGAGAUGCGUGGAUACGUUCUCAGAUUCCUGACAGCGGCGGCCGGUGCGCUGCCAGCUCCUUCCAAAGCUGCAGCUUGGCCACUGCCUCUGGGCCUCGGGCCUCUUGCUGCUGCUGAAGGAGCAUGGGGGGGGCCUGCCGGGCUGGGCGUGAGCACUCUGGCUCCAGGCUAUGGAGUUGUUUUCAGGCCUUUUGUUCCCUUUAGAGGCCAGGCCCACGGGGCUUCUGUUGCUUAUCUCUUCCGGGUAGAUGGGCGAAGGCCUGGACUAGAGAGCGGGGAGGCUGUGAAGGUGAUUUACUUUCCUGUCUGUUGCACCUGCUGUUGGAAAGGGUGAGCUGACAGUGUCUGGAGGUGGGUGAGAGGCUCCCAAGUCGCACGUGUCUGGGAUGGCACUGCACUUGCCGCGCACACUGGGAGAAGGUUUUGAAGUGUUAAGAGGAAGCAGGCCAACCUCCCCUGGCAGCCCACAGUGCCAUUCUCUCUGGGAUUCAUGAAGAGCAAAGCACUUUAUUUCUUUGAGAAGGUCUGCAGAUUGAGGUGGAGUUUGAGUUGAGGUCUCUGGGGUCCCUGCCCAAAUCCUAUUCCUAAGGGAAAGGGAAGGACAAGGGUUGGAAGAUUCCCCUCCAGUUCUGUCUCAGCUCCUGGUGGAGAAGGAGGAGCUUCCUUGCCUCACAAGAUGUAAGCGAGGAUGGGGCCAGCUCAAGGAGCUACCCAUGUGUCUAUGGCUGGUGUGUCGAGCUGACAGGGAAUAAGGAGCAUUGCGCUGGGUAAAAAGGACAUGGGCAGGGACAGGCUGGCCUAGGGAAUGUUGGAAUAGAGAGCUGGCUUCUCUUUUCUCCAGGGAAUCCAAACCUUUCUUCCCUAGUCUAUACUGACCACUCCCUUCCUCCAACCCCACUGGCUGUCCCAUGAAGCAAGGAGUGGGGUUCCCUCCGGCCAAACUGUCGCCUAGGGAUUUUGGUGGGACAUGCACACACACUCACAUAUCCUCACACACCACGCUUGUGGGCACACAUGCGCUCAGCCCUGAGCACACGCCCAGCCAGCUCCAGACGGAAGCCCCUUCCCACCUGAAUGGCCAGCCCCACCAUGAUUCUGAAAUCUUGCGCAGUGGUUUGUAUUCAUUGUGUACUGGGGACACCCUCUAGCUGGACUGUGGACUCUGAAGUACUCGUAAAUUACAGGGAAAAACCAGAGACAAAUGAAGGAGGAGGAGUUAGGUCUGUCUGAAAUGGGGCUGGUUGUGAGGAAAAGAGGGGCAGCACGUUACAUCCAGCCGUUGAGAGGCUAGACUGACCCCACUCUUCCCUCAGUGUGCAGAAUCCCCUCCUUCCCAGUUUCAGACCACUAAUACUCCUGUUCCGCCAGCAUUCCCAUCCUUUUCCCCUCGCUGUCCCCCCCCCCUUAAUGACGGGUUUCAACCCCUCCCCCCAGACCGUGGAACGAUGGAUGGAGCAAGGUGGUGGGGACUGGGGGAGGCUGGUAUAUGUGCGGCUUUAUUGCCAGUGAAUUUCACGCACUUUAAAGUCCUGUGGCUUGUGACCUCUUAUCUGAAUAAAGUGGUAGAAUCCA